ACUUGACGAAUUACUUGACAAGGUGAUGAUUUACUUAUUCGUCAGACUGCCUCUUAAAAUGGCGCAAAUCCUGAGGUAAAGCAAAAACCUCUGGGAUCUCACUGCACAGGUGAGUUCCACCUCCACGUCUGGGAUUGGAUAAGAAGUCCUUCCCUUCUGUGCUCUGAUUGGCCGCCGCGCCGUGAGGCUCACUUUCUAUUCGGCUACUUCACAACAGGUAAAAGGCUACCUGAUUGACAGAAGGUGGGUUCGGGAUAAGACGCACACCUGGACUCGAGCAGGAUGGCAAGCACAGGACUGGCCGUGAGCGGCCCGAGCUCGGAGGACAGGGUGGUUUUUACGCAACUGAAGCCUGUGCGGAUGUCGAGCGGAGACGGAACGGAGGAUUCGUCCGUGUUUGAGGACGUCAAACCCACGGAUCUUGGCCCAGGGUUCAGGUGUGUGGUUCGAUCUUCUACUGAAAUAAAGGCAUCGCGCUUGGAGUGGCCACUUUGGACUGAUCCCGGGACCGGCCAAAGUCACCGUCCGGUGCCAAUUAACCCAAUGGAGAUGGAUAAAUAUUUGCUCCAACAAGGGCCACCGUCCCAAACCCUUACAGACAAAAAGUACCGUCGGGAAAGCGCCUCCGUAGUGGACGAGUACUUUGCGGAUGAAAAGCCCGCUCCAUACAGCCUCAACAUCAACCUCAUCCUACCCAACACCACCCAUCUCCGCACGGGGUUGUACCGCCCGACCAAACCCGUGUCUCAGAUCAAAACGGAGCCUGGCGUAGAGACGUCCUGCAACAUCCAGACGCUCCCUAACUUCACGUCGGUUUUCAGUGUGCCACAGACAGUCGACAACCUGUUCGUUAAACCCAACAUGACCGCCGCCGACGAGCUCCACAUCGGCCCGCAGCAGCCACAGGUCUACCAGAUGGCCAUCAGCAGCAGCAACCUCGCUUCCAUGACUUUCUCCAAUAGCCAGCAGGUGAACGGAGCAGGCAGGACCAUGCUCAACCUGAACGCCGUGGCCUUGACAACACCAUCAGGUGACUUUGUGAUACCUGAACACUUCUACCAGCAAGCGCAACCUGACAGCCUGCCGCCUUCGCCCCCGAACUCGCAGCCGGGAAGCCCAGAGAAUCAAGCCGAGCUGAUUAACAUGGUUCCUCCUCCUCCUCCUCCUUAUCAGACCCAAAUGGGAUUAAAGGUGGCACAGAUGACCCCUCACUCUGUGCUGAUGACUCAGGGACAAGGCGUCCUCACCGGCCCCAGGUACAACCGAAGGAAUAACCCCGAACUGGAGAAGAGAAGAAUUCACCACUGCGACUUCCCAGGAUGCACCAAGGUUUACACAAAAAGCUCCCACUUGAAAGCACACCAAAGGACACAUACGGGCGAGAAGCCGUACCGCUGCACUUGGGAAGGAUGCGACUGGCGUUUCGCCCGAUCAGAUGAACUCACGAGGCACUACAGAAAGCACACGGGAGCCAAACCCUUCAAAUGUGUCGCGUGCAACCGAUGCUUCUCACGCUCGGAUCACUUGGCGCUUCACAUGAAGAGGCACCAAAACUGAGUUUCUGACCAGAAGAAAAAGAAAAACUUUUUUAAUAUUCGUAUCAUUAAAUAUAUAUUUGAUGUCUUCGACCAGAUCAAAUAUGUUUCUCUCAAAAAAAAAAAAAAAAAAAAAAAGAACUGCCAAUUUCAGCCUGACCACUUUUUUUUUUUUUUUUUUUUAGCCCUAGGAUUAGUAGAUUAAGGAAGGAAGACUCGACUCGACUCGACUCGACAUGUCUUUCGAGCGGGAUCGUCAGAAAUAGCUUGAUUAUGUUGUAGAUUGUUUUCGUGCGACUGUAUAUAUUUGUAUGCACCUGAGUGCUUUGUGUAUGAAUGGUUGUGAAAUCCGUAGCCGACGUCUUCGGCGCUCUGGUUCGGAAAGCGAUCCCGUGUUGUUCUGUAGCCGAGAUGCUUCUAAAGAACAGGUUUGGCGUUAAAUUUGAUCGUAGCGGCUGUGGAAUUUCCCAAGUUGAUACAAACAGGAUAGCUGAGUGCUUUUAUAACCUGCGCCGUUUAGAUCGGGAUCUUUUUUUUUUUUUCCUCCAGCUCUUGUAGAAGAAUUUAUUUGCUAAGGAGUCGAGAGUACAGAGUUGAGUAAUGUUUGUUUUUCUCAGACUUUGGUAUCCAUGGAAACAAACCAUUUUAUGAGUAGCUUGAGCAAGAAACGAGGUCCGCUCUGCCGGAUCAAUGGCUCCUUCUGGCCGUAUAAUGUUAAGUGGAUUAUACGUGCAGGAUUUAAGACCAGUAGUUAACUAUGCUAAAUAUCCCUGUAUUAAUUAUUGACAGGCUCUGUGACGUUCGAGUCGAAAUCGCUCGAAGCACCGAAGAUACAUGUGCCAAAUUAUUAUUAAAGACAGAGGGAGGGAGAGAGAGAGAGAGAGAGAGAGAGAGAGAGAGAGAGAGAGGAUUUUUUAUGUGAGAGGAAACUCCUUGGAGUAUUUCAUCAGCUGUGUUGAGUGUUUAUUGACACUGUAAUACGGAACAGUAACGGAAGAUCGAAUCUCAUAGAUACACUCGAACCAGAGCGUUUUGAACCCUACUGCUCGUCUUUAUUAUCUCUUUAUUCUAAGCACUUCCUCCUGCCUGGCUGUGUGUGUGGGUGUGUGUGUGUGUGUGUGUGUGUGUGUGUGUGUGUGUGUGUGUGUGUGUGUGUGUGUGUGUGUGUGUGUGUGUGUGUGUGUGUGUGUUUGUGUGUGUGUGUGUGUGU